CGCCUCCUGUGGAAUUUGAUGUUGCAUUUAGCCAUGAAAAUACUGGGAGUUUGUGCACAGUAUUGAGUAAGAGACCUGAAGAGACACCACGUAAAGAUCCACCAUCUAACGAUCCAUUUACCGAGACCAUUCGAAAAUAUUUUCCUGAAACCUGGGUCUGGGAUAUAGUCACAGUAAACUCCACAGGAGUGGCUGAAGUGGAAAUGACAGUCCCUGACACCAUCACUGAAUGGAAGGCUGGAGCCCUCUACCUGUCCAAAGACACUGGCCUUGGCCUCUCUUUUCUGGCACCUCUCCAAGUCUUCCAGCCCUUCUUUGUGGAGAACUCAUUGCCCUACUCUGUGGCCCAUGGAGAAGCCUUCAUGCUCAAAGCCACUGUGAUGAACUACCUCCCUACAAGCAUGCAGAUAGAUGUGCAGCUACAAGACUCUCCUGAUUUCACAGCUGUCCCAGUGGGAGACUACCAAGAUUCUUACUGCCUCAGUGCCAAUGGGAGGCACACCUCAUCCUGGCUGGUAACUCCCAAGUCUUUAGGGAAUGUGAAUUUCUCUGUGUCUGCGGAAGCACAACAGUCCCCAGAGCCCUGUGGUUCUGAGGUGGCCACAGUUCCUGAAACUGGAAGAAAGGACACAGUAGUCAAAGUUCUGAUAGUUGAG